UGGCUGCGGGCGCGCAGAGACGGGCGCGGAUGGGCAAGAUGGCGGCUCUGGGCUCGCCGCUCCGCACGUUACGGAGCCUGUUUCGAGAGCUCCGCUACGUCAGCGCCCAGGCGGGCCGCCCCUACCGGGACACGGCGGCUUAUCGGCACCUCACGGAGGCCUUUCGCGCCAACCAGGUCACCAGCGAGAAACUCUGCCGGGCCCAGCAUGAGCUGCAUUUCCAGGCUGCUACUUACCUCUGCCUUCUGCGCAGCGUCCGCCAACACCUAGCGCUGCACCAGGAGUACCACGGAAAGGGGGAUACUACCCGUCAGCGAAUCAAAUUCAGUGAUGACCGAGUGUGCAAGAGCCACCUCCUAAACUGCUGCCCUCAUGAUGUCCUCUCAGGAACAAGGAUGGAUCUUGGAGAAUGUCUGAAGGUGCAUGACCUGGCAUUAAGAGCAGAUUAUGAAAUUGCAUCCAAGGAGCAAGAUUUUUUCUUUGAGCUUGAUGCAAUGGAUCACCUGCAGUCAUUCAUUGCUGAUUGUGACAGAAGAACUGAAGUGGCGAAGAAAAGACUAGCAGAAACCCAAGAAGAGAUCAGUGCUGAAGUUGCAGCUAAAGCUGAACGAGUUCAUGAAUUGAAUGAAGAAAUUGGGAAGCUGUUGGCCAAAGUAGAACAGUUGGGAGCUGAUGGAAAUGUGGAGGAAUCCCAGAAAGUAAUGGAUGAAGUGGAGAAAGCCCGGGCAAAGAAGAGAGAAGCAGAGGAAGUGUACAGGAAUUCAAUGCCUGCCUCCAGCUUUCAGCAGCAGAAGCUCCGCGUCUGUGAAGUGUGUUCUGCCUACCUUGGUCUUCAUGAUAAUGACAGACGGCUUGCUGACCACUUUGGGGGAAAACUGCACUUAGGGUUUAUUGAAAUAAGGGAGAAACUUGAGGAGCUAAGGAGGGUUGUGGCUGAUAAACAGGAAAAACGAAAUCAGGAGCGCCUGAAACGCAGAGAGGAAAGGGAAAAAGAAGAAAGGGAGAAGCUGAGGAGGUCCAGAUCCCAUAGCAAGAAUCCCAGAAGAUCGAGGUCCCGAGAUCGCCGCAGACAUCGGUCUCGCUCUGCCUCCCGGGAACGAAAGAGAAGAACUCGUUCCAAAUCCCGUGAGAAACGCCACCAUCACAGGUCUCGCUCCAGCAGCCGCAGCAGGAGCUGCAGCCACCAGAGAAGCAGGCAUAGUUCUAGGGAUAGGAGCAGAGAGCGCAAAAAAAGAUCCUCAAAAGAAAGAUCUUCCAGAGACAAAGAACGGUCAAGAGAUCAUGACAGAACGUCGCGUGACAAAGACCGGAGCUCAAGAGAGAGGUCACCCCGUGAUAAUAAAGACAGGAAACGUUCAUAUGAAAGUGCUAAUGGCCGAUCAGAAGACCGGAGGAGCUCAGAGGAACGUGAAGCAGGGGAAAUAUAACUGCUGUACGUUCAUCGGAUCCUCUAGCUUCCUAUGGAGUUGCAUACUAUGGUUUAGUUUACAGUUGUUCAAAGGGACACCAGUGAGCAGUUCCCAAAACUGAUCCAACUAGGGUAGAUGUACAGUAUAUAAAAGUGGUUAUAACUAAGUCAGAAUUGAACCCCUUCAAUUGAUGAUGCCUAAAGUUGUGUCCUUGUCUUCGACCAAGCUGUAAAACUUUUCUGAACAAUUUAUCUUUAUCCAGGAUGACAGUUUUAUGUACCAAGGUGCAGAUCUCAAUGUUUUACUCUCCUUUCCAAAAGAAGUUAAAUAGUGAACAAAUUAUAUUGUCCUACUUGCGUUGGAUGCUUUCAGACCUUUAUAAAAAUCUCUAAUUCUGUUCCAGUCCAAACAGCAGCUUUGAAGGCUCUUUUUAAGAGGGGAGGGUGGGUAACUAAACUUUUACUUUGAGAUUGUUUCCCAGUGAUUGUAUGGGAACCUAGGAGUUGGUUACUGUCAGAGCAUUUAGACUGGAAUUUGUGCCAGAGAGUGCUGAAAUGUCAUUUUUUACAGUGCCUAUUUAGACUGGGGAAUUGAACAGCUGUUGCAUUACAUCUUUUUUUAAUUUUUACUGAAAUUUUGAAAUCAAAGCCAGUCUCACAUCUCUGUACCAUUUGAUUGGUAUAUGUUCAGUAUAUUUGGGUUUUUUUUCCAUAAGGACUUUUUCUGCUUUUUCUUGUGGGAUGUAAAUGGUACAUCCUUAAUUGUAAAAAUAAAUAAAUAAAAUAAAAAUUAAAAAGUAAACUGCAUUGUCCAGUAAAUUAAGAUUGAGCACCUUGGUGUCUCUUGGUGAAUGUGACUCAUUAUUUGUGUGUGUUCUUUAAUAGGUCAAUUGUAUGAAAAGACACAGUGUAGAACUUUCUCAUUUGAAGGAAAAUGCUUUAAAUAUACAACUCUACUACUGUUCUGUCUUUCAGAUGAGACAUAAAACAGACCAUGACUCCUCCAAGAUUAUAAAGAGAUAAAAGCUUUUACCAUCGCCAUCAGUGUCCUGCCUGUACCAAUACCUAUUUUUAGCAGCUUCAACUUGGAAAAGUUUAUUUACUUCUCCUAAUAAUAAUAAACAUUAUUUUGCUAACAGAGAAUAUUCUCUGUAUUUCCACCCCAGAGG